AUGAAACAAUAUACGUCUAUUCAGUUCAAGCAAGAUGGUUUUCAGAAAGAUUCCCCUUUAAAGAGAGCUUUGCUGCAACUUUCCAACAAAAAGUCAAAGGUUGACAUCAACGAGUUUCUCGUUGGCGUCAUCGAAAAUUUCAGGGAGGACAUGCUCACUGGGAUUAAAGAGCUGAAAGUUCCGAUAUUGGACCCUUUCCAUGCGAAGCAACCGAUCAGAGUCGACGUGGAUGACAGCAAAGCAGUUGUUCAUGGAAACUUUACCGACCUUACAGUCGAAGGUUUGUCUGGUUUUGUGUUGGAAUACAUGAAUGCAGACAUAAAAAAUCUAUCUCUUCGUUUCAACCUGACCAUUCCUCACAUUAGAGCAGUAGGCAACUAUACCUUGGAUGGAAAAAUAAUUAAGAUCAUACCUGUUCGAGGCAACGGGAGCUUUUGGGUCGAAUCUUACAACCUGAGCGUUGCAGCUAAAGCAUCCAUGGACACAUCUGAAAAAGACAAUCAUUUACAGUUAUCCAGCGACUUUGACGUGGAAAUUGAUUUUGACAAAGUUCAAAUCGAUCUGGAGAAUUUCUUAGGAGGUGGUCGAUGGACAGAGAUCUUGCUGAAAAUUGUGAGCGAUAUUAGUAAAGAUCUUUUCAGGAAAUUUCUUCCCUUGUUGAAGGGGGAGUUGAACAGGUCUUUGCUUCAUGUGAUCAACCAGCACCUGGCGAAAUUGCCUAUCACAUCCAUUAUUCCGGGCUCCGAUGCAAACGAAUACGUGGAUCAGAUUUUACACAACGUUCAGACGUACAUUAAAGAAAAUAGUUUGGAACCCAUGCAACUUCCUGACUACAUGUAUAACUUCUCCAAAGAGGUAAUGUAUAUUAAUUUCAAGGUGAAGCCAAACUGUACGAUGGAUGGAUUUCUGGAAUAUCAUCACUUUACCGAACAGAUGAAUGCCAGUUAGAUUCAAAUAAGACCACCAUUACGAUUACAGCUCAACUUGGUCUCAAGGAUUUGCAGCUCAGCUACAAAGGACACGCUAAGUUCAUGUCAUGGGGUCCAAAAAUCCUAUGCGGAGGCAGCGUAAAAAAAGUAUCGUUCUAUUUCCAAAUCGAGCAAAGCAAUUACAAAGGAGCAAAGCCUAACCUAAAGGAAUUCGAAAUCGUCGA